UGGACUAACGAAGCAACCCAUUCAAGCAAUCGAAGCAACCAUCAAUCAAUCAAGCGAUCAUUCCACUUCUGACACUCGAACAAACAAGAAGCAAUAAAAUCAGCUCUCACGAAAUACAACAUUGGCGACGAGGAAAACUCAAAAUUUUCAACCAGAGUUGCGGAUCUCAAGAAUGCCGGAAGGGAACAACAUUCAGCCCGACGGUAACCUGCUGUACGAGCGACUUCUGCAGCAGAACGAGCGGCUGGAGGCUCCGCCCUACCAACAUCACCUUGCUGGUGCUGUGGCGACAUGCAUUUCGUUCGAGACUGCGCCUACAAACAGCACGUCUGCCAGGACUGCAUGCAGACCGGCCACAAGGAAGGUUACUGCAGCUGCGUGCCCAAGAAGUCCAAGAACAAGCAACAGACGAACGUCAACAGCCUGUAUGCCGCCAACCGGGUCAACUCUACCUCGAAGCGUAAGUUCCUGACGGUGAGCAUCAACGGUUCCCAAGCAUCUCUGCAGUUCGACACCGGCUCGGACAUCACAGUGAUCUCGCGGAAGCAGUGGUGCGACAACUUGGAUUCACCGCCGCUGUCUCCCACCAAGCAGAUUGCCAGAACAGCCUCUGGUAAGUCACUGUCCCUACUCGGUGAGCUCCGAUGCAAAGUCACACUCGGAGGCGUCACCAGAACCGGAACUUUCUACGUGACUGACAAGCAGAUCAACCUGUUCGGUCUCGACUGGAUCGAGCUAUUUGAGCUGUGGGACACUGGAAAGGUCAACCGCGUCAAGCAGCAGCGUUCUCUUGCAGUCAAAUCGCAAGGGGAGGCAAACAUGAAAACAGGUCUAGGUGCAACCGACGCAGCUUCCAGCCAGUCCGAAUCCACGGCAUGGUACGAAGAACAUCUCCGCUGGUACUGUUCCCAAUAUCUCACCGCUUGAAGAUGGCGAGCGAUCUGGAUCACAUCAAGUCGCACCCUGUGCUGGUUUUAAGGGGGAGAUGUUGCACACCCUGGACUAACGAAGCAACCCAUUCAAGCAAUCGAAGCAACCAUCAAUCAAUCAAGCGAUCAUUCCACUUCUGACACUCGAACAAACAAGAAGCAAUAAAAUCAGCUCUCAC